AUGUAUCAAUCAUCUGAUUUCUCUUUCUCACCGUCGUCGCUGUUCUCAGCGUACGCAUCUUUAACCGGGUUCUUGAUGCUCUUUAGAUCAAUUCUCCAAGAUUUCAUACCGGUGAAGCUUCGAUCUUACUUCUCCCACUUACUCGACGGGUUCUUUACCCCGAAAUCGAAGAAUAUAACCGUGGUUAUUGACGAGAACUUCAGACUGAAGAGGAACCAAGUCUUUGACGCGGCGGAGAUGUAUCUCCGGAACAGAAUUGGACCUGAUACAGAACGUUUACGAGUCGGUAAGACCCCUAAACAGAAGCAUUUCACAAUCACGAUCGAAAAAGGCGAAGCGAUCAUCGAUAGUUUCGAGGAUUCUGAGGUGAGAUGGAGCUACUGUCAAUCGGAGAACGAGAAAGGAGAUAAAGUGAAACGUUACUACGAGCUCACGUUCGAGAAGAAGCUUAGAGAAAAAGUCAUGGACUCUUAUUUAAGCCAUGUUGUAGCCGAAUCAGAAGGGAUUAAGCAUAGUCUAAGAGCGGUGAAGCUUUAUAGCCGAGAUGUACACGCGAGGGACGAUGAUGAUGGAAUGGUUGAUAGGAAUUAUUGGGGAUGCAUCAAUCUCGAACAUCCAUCGACGUUUGAUACAUUGGCGAUGGAUCCGAAUGCGAAGAAGAAGAUCAUUGAUGAUUUGGAGAGGUUCUUGAAGAGAAAAGAGUUUUACAAGAGAGUUGGUAAAGCUUGGAAACGAGGUUACUUGUUGUAUGGACCUCCAGGAACUGGCAAAACAAGUUUGAUUGCUGCAAUGGCUAAUUAUCUUAAGUUUGACGUGUUUGAUCUUGAGCUUAGUACUAUUUACGACAAUGGUGAGUUGAAGAGGGUUUUGUUAUCGACGACGAAUCGUUCGAUUUUGGUUAUUGAGGAUAUAGACUGUAAUGCUGAGGUGAGAGACAGGGGAGCUGAUCAUGAGAGUCAAGAAGAUGAUUAUGAGUAUCAAGAAGUUAAAAAUAGGAAUGGAAAGGUUACUCUAUCGGGAAUUCUGAAUUUCAUUGACGGGCUAUGGUCGAGUUUCGGAGACGAGAGGAUCAUCGUGUUCACGACGAAUCACAAAGAACGGCUAGACCCUGCUUUGCUACGUCCUGGAAGAAUGGAUGUUCAUAUCAAUAUGUCUUAUUGUACAGGUCUAGGAUUUAGGACAUUGGUCUCUAACUACCUCGGUUUAGAUGGCGUAAACCAUCCUCUUUGCGAGGAAAUCGAGGCGCUGAUCGAUUCUACGGAGGUGACUCCUGCUGAGUUAGCGGAAGAGCUGAUGCAAGAUGAUGAUACUGAUGUGGUUCUUCGAGGAGUGGUUAGCUUUGUUGAGAAGAGGAAGGUUGAGAGAAGUGAUACUAGUAAGGAGGUUUCUAUUUGUAAAGUAACUGAUGAUGAUGAUGACGAAAAACAGAUUGGUUCUUUGGAUUAUGUAAAGAAGAAGAAGAGGAAAAGUGGUAAACAAAAAGCAAAACCGAAAGGCCAAGACCAGUAUUCUAAAAUGGUUUACGCGGAUGGGUUAACAGAAUCUAGAAAGUCUUUUAAUUAA